AUUUGAAAUAACCAAAUUUGAGAAUCAAAUUAAUCAUCAAAAGCAUAAGCAGUUUCACUUAUAAAUGACAAAACCAAAGACAUCAACCAAAACAAUGUAAGUGCUUUAACGUUCUCAGACAAUAAUUAUUAUACAACCAAAUUCACACUUAACAAGAAUCUGCACAAAUCCCAAGAAAAUGCACCACCACCACCCACCCCCAUCCACCACCAGAACCACCCACCCCACACCCACACCCACCCCCAACCCCAACCCCAACCCCAACCCCAACCCCAACCCCACCCUCUCCACCUCCACCAUUACCAUUCUUGCCACCACUAUCUUCUCACUCCUCCUUGUACUUUCCUUCACCUUCACUUCUUCCCCUUCACCCCACCCCCCCUACCACCAACCCCACCCUUCCCUUUUCCCUCAUCGUCUCCUCUUCCAUCACUCCAACCCCACUAACCCAAAUGACCAAAAUACCCUCCUGGACCUACCCACCCCACCUAUCAUAGCCUACCUCAUUACUGGAUCCAAGGAGGACACUUCAAGAAUCAUCCGUUUACUCUUUGCUGUAUACCAUCCAAGAAAUCAGUAUCUUAUUCAUCUUGAUAGAAAAGCUAGUCAGUAUGAACGUGAUAAUCUUGCACUGUAUGUUGAAUCUGUCCCACUUUUUAAAGCUGCACAGAAUGUUAACUCUAUUGGUAAAGCUGAUUUUGUGUACCCAAUUGGUUCUUCUGGUUUGUCUGCUACUCUUCAUGGUGCUUCCAUUCUUCUGAGGGUUAAUGAUCAUUGGGAUUGGUUUAUUAAUCUCUCUGCCGCUGAUUAUCCACUUGUUACUCAAGAUGAUCUUCUACACAUUCUGUCAUAUAUGCCCAAGGAUCUUAAUUUUGUCAACCAUUCAAGCUACAUAGGGUGGAGAGAGUCACGGAAGUUGAAACCAAUAGUUGUUGAUCCUGGGCUCUUUCUUGAAGAGGAAGAUGAAGUAUUUUAUGCAACUCAGAAAAGGGAACUGCCGGAUGCUUAUCGACUAUUUUCAGGGUCUUCAUGUACUAUCUUGAGCCGGAAGUUUAUCGAGUUCUGCAUCAUGGGCACAGAUAACCUGCCGAGGACUCUGCUAAUGUACUUGUCAAAUUCACCAUCAGCGGCAUCUGUUUACUUCCCCACCAUUCUGUGCAAUUCACGGAAAUUCAAUAAAACAACAAUCAACCGGAACAUGUGGUAUGCUUCAUUUAACUCGAGACAAGAGGCCCGUCCACUCAACUCCAGUGACUUCAAUGACCUGGUGAUGAGUGGAGCAGCAUUUGCUACACCAUUCGAGGCAAAUGAUCCGAUUCUUGACCAGAUCGACCGUGAACUUCUACACCACGAGCACAAUAAACCAGUGCCUGGCGGAUGGUGUUUAGGUGACAACGUAACUGACAAAUGUACUCUCUGGGGAGAUGCAGAAGUUCUAAGACCAGGUCCAGGAUCAAAGAGGCUGGAAAAAAGUUUUGUCCAGAUUUUCACUAAUGAUACAUUUCGUUCUAGUCAAUGUAUCUACGAAUAGAGCUCCCUCAAGAUGGGAACAUACAGAAGAGAAAAAUACUCAAAAAUGUCUUCUUUCUGCCUGAGACUCGGAGAGAAUCACACGAGCAAAAAUAUACAGAAGACCAAGUGCCUCAUGCAGUUCUUUUGUUAGCAAUUUUGAUAGAGAGCUGAGUGUUGUAUUUUGAGUUUGGUGAUGUUGUAUAUUGACUGGCUACUAUUGAGGCAAUGGAAAUCAUUUCCCACAAA